AUGCCAACACAAUUAGACGAGGACGCGCGACUCAAGAAACUCGACUGCACAGGGAUGAAGACGCUACAAAUGAAUGGGUCUUCAGGAUUCCACAGUGCGGAAAGCUCGCUUUGGAAUGAUUACCGGACUGGAUUCAACACUCCAUUGACAAUCGAAGACCUGGCUAAUAAAAAUGAGAAUUUCACCGUUGAAAAUAGACAACACGGACAUGGACGGAACAUACGACAUCUACGCUGUGUGGAAGAAAAAGGGAAAAUGCUGUGGAGAUUAACAUAUAAGAAACAAACGCACUCUCCGCCUCCGCUGGUCAGUAGAAGCGACGCAAAGCAGCGACCCAGCACUCGGUCGCCGAACCUGGAAGAGAAUCAGAUCACCUACACUGAACCUUGCAUCAUAUCCGUGGAAACUGCAGGCGGGAAGUCGAUGAAGAUUGAUGACAAAUUCUUCCACCGACUUUCCCGUCAGAGAUCUGUUACAGGAAAGAAGAUCCAAGAUGAUGGAACAUGUUACAUUACCGAAAGCACGGAUCUACAGGAUCAGAGUGGUGCAUUUAGUUGCCGGCUUGGAGUUCAAGGAGAAGCACCAUCGCGGAAGGUGACUAGAGAAGAAGAGUUUUGA